AACCCCAAAAUAAAAUAACAAUUAACCCCCGUAUACAUAAAUCAGAGGUAACUUUAACAAUUCACAAAAUUAUUAUUAAAAAUCUAUAUUUCCCUCUCCAUCUUCAUCUCCUCCCCCAAUCUCAACUUUAUUCCUCUUCUCCGGGGGAAGAAGAAAAGAAAAGAAAAGAAAAGAAAAAGGAACGAAAAAAGAUUUCCCGUUUUCGUUUGAGAUUUGCUAUUUUUGGAUUAUACGACGGCUGAAAUUGGAGAUUUUCGUCGUCGAGUUCAGAUCUGAAAAGGUUGAGAAAUUACUGAUCGAGGCAUCGGAUCGAUGGAUCGAGACGAUCUUCGGUCGAUCCUGAGAACAACCGGCGUUGACCUGUGGACGCUGAUCGAGACAGCGAUCUCCGUCGCCGCCUCCGAUCACGGACCGGAGCUCCGGCUGCGGAGAGAUCGCUUCGUCGAGAAGCUCUACGCUCCGCCGCCGCAGGAUCUUUGCCGGAUCAGCGACGAGCGCGUUGAGAUCGAGGCGUUCGAAGCGGAGAAGCUGAGGUCGAGAGCGAGGGAGGAGAAAGGGAGCAGCUCUCCGAUCGAGAAAGUUUUCGGAUCGUCGCCGUUGACGCCGCAGUCGAAUCAGAGGGAGGAGGGGGUUGGAGAUGAGGAGGACGAGGACGUCGAUAUCGAGGAUGACGAUGAUCGGCGAUGUUACGAGGACCCGAUCGAUCGAGAGAAGAGGAAGAUUCUAGCGAUUAAAGAGGAGCUUGAAGAUCCUGAUCAGUCUGAUGAUUCUGUUGCUGGUCUACUGCAAAGUCUCGCUGAUAUGGACAUAACGUUCAAAGCUUUAAAGGAAACUGAUAUAGGACGCCAUGUCAAUGGCCUCCGCAAGCAUUCAUCGAAUGAAGUUCGAAGAUUGGUGAAGCAACUCGUUAGGAAAUGGAAAGAGAUUGUCGAUGAAUGGGUGAAAGCAAAUUCUGAUAAUGCGUCGCCUGCAAUUAUCACUGAUGGGGAAUCCCCCCAGCAAAUCCCAGCAAAGAGCAGUCAGAAUGGUCAUCAGGUUCCUGAGUUUGCUUACUCCCCCAAUAUCCAGAAUGGGAGAACGAGCUCUAGGAGCAGCCUUGAAGUAGAACCCAAACCAAAGGUUGUUCCCAAGAGAGAAGCUCCAUCAAGGCCAAUGCACUCUACUCCCUCCUCUGCGAGUCCAGCAAAGUUGAAGGAACAGAAGGACAGCAUGCUCGACGACAGGCUGGCUAAUGCGAGGAAGCGUCUCCAGGCGAAUUACCAAGAAGCCCAAAAUGCAAAAAAGCAAAGGACGAUUCAAGUGAUGGACAUCCACGAGAUCCCAAAACAGAAGAAUACAUUCAUAGCGCGAAACAAGGGCGGGCAGCACCAGCAAAAGCACUACUGGUGAUGACUCCGUGGAGUCCGGUCACCGCCCGGUGCCCCCGCCCACCCUCAAUUGUCAUAAUUUUCUCUCUGUUCAAAAGGCAACUAUGAGCUUGGAAGUAUCUUUCUUUUUUAAAGUUAUUGAACAAAUAAAAGUUUUGAUUGGGUAUUCGAGCAAAGUCGUGGACGUGUAAGGAAACGGCCACGUGUCUCUGGCUGCUUGAAAAUACCGCGGGGGGAACAGUGAGCUGAGAUUCUUUGUAUUGAAUGUGCGCUCGCAAGUUGGCUCGUGCCUUUUUGACUUUGGGGUGCCGGGGGAGCAAAGAGGAGUGCGAGUAGAGAUGAUGUUGAUUUCAGCCCCCUGCCGCCCAAAACUUCAGUCUAGUCCCUAAAAUCUUUCAUAUUUCGAGAUUAGGUCCUUAAACUAUCAAAAUUACUAUUUGCCCCCCUGAGUAUUUUGAAGUAAGUUCCUUUAGUUUGCAAGUAAUUUUUAUCGGGAGAUAUUCCUCACAACUUUAAUUUUGAGAGGGGAAUGUCAGUUAUUCUCCUUUUAAUACAAAUCUAGCUCGUACAUCUCUGA